AUGCCGCUCCUCUCAGCAACCUCUUCCACUGCAUCCUGUCCGUUGCUCUCCCUCAUAGCUACUCAUCUAAGUAUCCCAUCCUCAAGGCCAUGGUACACCGCCCUUUCUGAUCACUUUCACUUUUUCUGUAUUAUUGUCGUCUUUCCAUAA